AUGUUUCCUGACGAUAGCCAUCAUAGAGGCUCAGGGUCACCACCAGGAACUGUUCCCCUAGAGGAUCUCCAGAGAAAUGCUUCAGGUGUGAUUAUCUUACAACCUAAGCCAACAAGGGAUCCAAAUGAUCCGUUAAACUGGAAGAUUUGGGAGAAGUACCUCAAUUUUGGGCUUGUGUUGCUUAUUGGAGCUUCCACCCCCACAUGGGCAUCGAUGAACAUUGAGCUGGGAUAUAGCUAUGAGACCUUGCAAGACAGCUAUGCAGUUGGUUCGGCCGCAUUAUGUAUUGGAGCAUUGUUGUUCAUCCCUACAGCACUCAAAUUUGGUCGACGUCCAAUCUACGUGAUGAGUACACUCUUACAAUUUGGAGUGGCCGUUUGGUUUGCAAAGAUCCAAACGGUAGCUGACUUGAUGCUUGUGAAUGCCUUUUCAUGUCUUCUCGGGGCACUGGCGGAAGUGAUUGUUCAGAUGACGGUGGCUGACAUUUUCUUUGUACACCAAAGAGGCAUGAUGAAUUCAAUUUAUGUCUGGAUAAUGAUUAUUGGGUCUGCACUAGGACCUCUAGCUGCAGGUUAUGUUACAACUUCGCAAGGUUGGCGGUGGGUAUGGUGGUGGAUGGCUAUCCUUUUUGGCAUCAGCUUUGUGCUGUUUCUCUUCUUCUAUGAAGAGACCAAAUUCCUUGGUUGCAUCAACGGCUUGGCCCCAGUCAAUCACCCCCAACGAGAGGAUUCUGCUGGGCCCAGAGGCAAUCUGAAGGGAGAAGAUUUUGAGAAAAACCUAGAUGCAGAAGGUGGCGGAAGGAUAUCCGAAUUAAACACGCCAGAUAUCGACCUAUCCAUAUUACGAAAGACUUACUUGCAGCGACUUUCUCUGUGGUCAUCGUCUCCAGGCUCGCUGAAGCUUUUUCUCCGUCACAUCUACCAACCUCUCAUUGCGACUUUCGCUUUUCCAGCCGCACUCUAUGUCGCAGUGGUAUACGGAAUGUUGACAGCCUUGUGGCAAGUCAUGAUAACUGUGGUGGCUUCAGUUAUGCCCGAGCCACCCUAUAACUUCACCGCCUCGCAGGUCGGCCUUAUGUCCUUGGCCCCCUUCAUUGGAACAACAAUCGGAAGCGUGAUCGUUGCACCUCUGAGCGAUAGGCUAGUUUUAAGACUAGCCAAGAGAAACGGAGGAGUAUACGAACCCGAAAUGCGCCUGUGGAUUUUGCUUGCAUUUUCUCCAUUAGUUCCAGCUGGAACAUUACUCUUUGGAUACAGUCUAGGAAAUGCCCAACCGUGGUACUUUGUUGCCAUCGGUUACGGACUUUAUGGUCUUGCCAUGGGACCUAUCAGUAGCACAUCUUUGACUUAUUUGACUGAUGCCUAUACAAAUAUCGUAGCCGAUUCACUGGCUGGAGUGACUUUUUUUAGGAAUCUUUUUGCAACAAUUUUUGUGUUUGCACUUACACCCUGGACCGCUGCCGUCGGCAUCAGAAACGUGUUUCUUACAAUGGGAAUUAUCAUGUCAAUCGUACUGAUUCCGGGUACGAUUGCUUUUCUCUAUUAUGGGAAGAGCAUCAGAUGCUGGACUACAGAUCGGUAUCGCCGGUGUUCAGCAUUAUAG